UUGGAGGUGAUGGCGCCUGCAAUAAUGAUUGAAUACCACGUGUGUUUGUCUCGAAAAGGCCGGUGCGCGUUAAACUUAUAAAUUUUUCCUUGAUGUGCCGUGUUAUAAUUUAUUUAAGGUAUUUUCAGUGAUGAAAUGACUCAUGACCUGUAAAUACCUAGAAAGUACAAUAUUCCUCGAGUCGCUAAAUCUAUUCAUUGUUAUCAUUGAACUGAUUUUGUCGGCCGGUUCCCGCUUUGUUUGGACGGAAUUGAGAUAACAACAUUAAGAUGACUGACUCUGGCAGAUGCAAAGAUGUCCAGCAGGUCUUGUCUUCCCUUCUGGUUUCAAAGAAAGACGAUUGUACCAUUGAAGAACUUGAGCGUGAUUACCAAGAAGUAGAAGGCGAACGCAUCCCUUGGCGGGAAUUAGGAUAUGCUACACUUCUUAGUUUUCUGCAGAGCUCUUCUAAAUAUGUUACCCUUAUAAAUAACAAUGGAAGGUAUUUUGUAAAGCCUGUUGUAACAGAAAAAGUACAGCAUGUCAAAUCAUUGGUCGAUCGUCAGAAGAGUUCAGUCAGAAGGUCUUGUCGCGGCAGAAGGCCAUAUUUUAAUGUAACACAUAGACCUCCUUUUCGUCGACUUUCUGCUCAAGCUUUAGGAUUUAUUAUGAACAAUGUUAGAGAAAAUCCACAUGGAUUAAGUUUGGAUUAUAUAUUAAAGAUGUUACAUUUUGAAAGCUUGUGUUAUGGUAUUACCAUCACAAAUUUAAGCGAUCAACUCCAAGCAGUGUCUCACCAGUUAGUAAUAAGAGGCAAUAAGGUUUAUCCAACGGAAUGUGCCCCUGUACCAGUUGUUGAUAAGGAUUAUACAAAUGAAAAUGAAAGGUCAGCUUCUUAUGCAGGCAGCAGUAUUAUCAUGGCUGGUGAAGAAGAUGAAAGAAGCGAUGACAAUGAAGAUGAGGUGUACUUGUGUCCUGCUGGAUACACGUCUCAACCAUGUGUUAAAAGUAGAAUUGAAAAAUCAGUAUCAGAUUUUGUAGCAGAUUCCAUAUCAAGGGUACAGGAGGAACAAAAUUAUAUUUCAGAAGCAUCAUGUGCAAAAGAAGAAGUUAAAAAGAAUGAAGAGAUAUUCACUAAUAUAGACCAAUCAGAACAAGAAAAUCAUGAUUCAAUAGAAUUGGAAUAUGAAAAUAACUAUGAAGAAGUUUGCGAUAGCGAGACUGUGAGUGAACUUAUCAAUACAAGAAUAAGAUUUCGAUUAGAAAAACUUAUUCAAGCACAUCCAGAUGGCAUUUAUUGUGCAGACUUACCGGAAAUGUAUCUUAAUGUAUAUGGACUUACACUAAAUUAUAGUGAAUUAGGAUUUUCCAGUGUGUGUGAAUUUGCCGUUCACUUGCCAGAUAUUUUUCACUGUAUACAACCAUCUAAAACGGAAGACUUUAUAUUGUUUGAUGCAAAAGCACCUAUUCCUGACAUUCAGAAACGUGAUCGACCUAGUGUAAACAACCUUAGUACUUUGUAUUCAAUCUAUGAUGAAUUAGAAGAGGUAGAGCCACUGCCUACAAAUGUGUCUAAUGACAUCUCUCAGAGACUGAUACCAGAAGAUGUGAUGACCUUUGGAGAAACAGUUGGCCAAGUCAGCAUAGUUGGCUUAGGACCCUUAGAAAAACAGUAUGAAGAAGUUAUUGUUGUAGAGGUAUUUACUCCAUCAUAUUUUUGGAUACAUCUUCGUCGAAAACGAAGACGAUUUGAUGAUUUCAUGGAUGAAUUGCACAUAUUCUACAAAGAGAAUAGCAGUCGAUAUAUGAUACCACCAGUCAUAUUAGAGAAAGGUUUAAAUUGUGCGUGCUUAUUUCUUGGUAAAUGGCACAGAGCUAUAAUUAAGAGUGUAUCCUACAAUGGAUCUGCAACUGUACUAUUUUAUGACUAUGGUACAUUGAAGACGUAUCCUCACAAUGAACUGUAUUUCCUGCAUCGAAGGUUUUCAUAUUUACCGGCACAAGCCAUACCAUGUGGUUUAUACAAUACAAAACCGUGUAAAGGUGUAGAAUGGACACGUAGUGUGACAACUAUAUUUACCAAGAUGACUGUUGACAUUCCAAUGAUCGCAAUUAUAGCGAAGACAGAUUUAAAUAAUAAUUCUAUGUUAAUAACACUGGUUGAUACACGAGGAGAUGAAGAUGUCCAUAUAUGUGAUUGGAUGGUUCAAAACCAACUGGCAGAAUAUGGAUCAUUGGUUUGUAUUAGGCCCAAAAACUUUCCUUUUCUGUUUUACAACGAAAAAUAUCGAGGCGAUAAGACGUUAGGAAAAAAUUUCGAGGUUCCGAUUCUUCGAGAAAAUAUUGGGAAGAAGAGCGAUCCCUUGGUUCCAAAUUUUCAAUUAGAUGAUGUUCAUCCGUCAGAAGUAAUGCAUAAUAAUGAUCAACUCUCAGAAUUUAAAAAGAUUACAGAACAAUUGACAUGUAAUAGAAACAGUUCUAAAAGCAUGCAUAAAGGAGAAAGCGAUUCUCCUAGUUCAAAACAAUCUAAAGAAAAUGAAGAAAAAACAGUAAAUAAUUCAAGAAAAAAAAAGUGCGUUGAUGUUGAACCAAACUUAAAAAAUAGUUUUCUAGAAUUUCUAAGCAAACGUAGCUGUCGUAAAUCCUCUACAACAGGCAGGGACUCCGAUUUAUCAUUAUCCAACUCAUCUGACAAAAGUACAUCAUUCAGAUUUCUGACAGACUCAUCGGAUUUAGAUAUUGAAAGGAAUGAAAAAUAUUCCAAGGGAUCUCGUGAAUUUGUUGAAGAGGAUACUUGUAUUAAGUCAAUGAAUGUUAACAAAUCACAGGGGUGUGAAAAGUCAGAAAGUUACAAGGAACAGAAUUUCAUAAAACCCAAAACUAUUUCUAAUAAUUUAGCGAACAAUGAGGUAAGUUUUCAUCAAAAACGUACCGAAAAUGGUUUAAAUUAUAAAGUAAAUGGAACUAAUGACAUUCAUACGGAUCGAUGUGAUCAACAAGAACAAUUGCAUACGCCUACAAUAAAUGAUAGGGAUAACGAUCAAGGCGAUAGAAUUUCGGAAUUUGGCACGUUACACAGUUUAUAUGGUGGUCAUGGACAUACCGGGUUUGUUAAUUGGAUGUUACUUCGAACGGCGUUAAAGAAAUCCGGUAUUCGCGAUACCCUGAAGUUGGAUCAUAUGUUGAAGAAAUCAGAAACCGAAUUUAAAGCUAAAGAAUUCAAAAUUAACGGUACCACAAAGGCACAAUUUACUCAAGAUACUUCAAUUAUCAACGAGGAUUCGACAUUAGAUAGGGACGUCAGUCCUGCUCAGAAAUGUUUCUUAAAUAUGGUUCAUGGUAGUAUUUACUUUGAAGCAUGCGAAAAAAAUGUUGGUUGGCUGCCAGAAGGUAAUAUCGAAGAGACUAAUGAGCCCUUAUUCAUGUUGCGAAUGCGAAGAAAGAGUUUUGAAAGAGAUGACAACAAAUCUAUUUUAAUCUCUAUGUCAAAGAAGGUCUUGUGCAAAUUAAGAGGAGAGCAAUUUAUAAAUGAUAAAUUAAUUCCGAAUAAAGGAUCCCUUAAAUCUAAGAAUUCGUCAUUGAUAAGCAACGAUGAAUCAUUAAAGUUUCUAGAUCGUCGUGGAGAUGUACUGGAAACGCAUAUUAACUCUCGUCUUCAAAGACUCGAAUCGUGGAAAACAUUGCUUUUUAAUAAGUGGAAAAUCCAAGACAAUAUUCGUAGUAAAAGUACCGUGACGAAUGAUAGGCCUAAUUCUUUAAUAUCAUCGAAUCAAAAUCAGCAAAGUGAAAUAAUUGAGAACGAAGAAACUUUUAUCGAUGCAAGGAAAAUAGAACAAACAGAACAAGCUAGGAAAUUAAGUUUGUCUCCCCUUGUUUUAGAUACAACAGAAGUGAUUUCUAGUACCCAUGGCGAUGAAAAAGUAUUAGAUAUUUCCGAUAAUAUUGACGAGGUUAAACUUAAAGAGAAAUAUAAAGUAAAUAAUCAUAGCUCCAGUGCACAUAAUAACGAAAAAACAUUAGAUAUUUCCGAUAACAUCCAAAUAAUUGAACAUAAAGAAGAAUAUGAAAUAAAUAAACUUGGUUCCAAUACACAUGGUGAUGAUAAAGUAUUAGAUACUUCCGACUAUACCCACAAGAUUGAAUAUACAGAAAAAUGUGAAAUAAGUAAACCUUAUUCAGACUCAUUUAUCGAAGUUGACAGUUUAAUUCAUUUUCCACUCAAUAAUUAUACAAGCAAAGAUUGCGAGCAGUCUCAUUUAAUAGAAAAUAAUAAACCAGAUAUUGAUCUUACUUCAUGUUGCGAACAGUAUUGCGAGGAUAAGGAAACUAAUAAUUUCACUGAUCUGCUCAAAAACAAUAUGAAUUGCAAAAAGAAUGGUAUGGCUUUGGUAAUGUUAAAAAAUUUGGCGAAAUUACUAAAUGAUUCGGAGGGUUCGUCUGAAUUAGACGUGGAUGACUUAUCGUGUGCGGAAGAGUUUAGCAGUACAAAGUCCCUUCAAAAGACUGAUAUCGUACCUGUUAAAAUAAAAAAGUUUGGCGCAAGUGAAAUAGUUGAGCAACUGCGGCAUGAAGCUGCAUCGGGGACAGAUGAUUGUAAACAGCGAACAAAGCCAUCUGAUAUAAUUUCUCGCUCUUCAAUUAUAGAAUCCGCAAGUGUUUCUUCCCUAGAAUCUUUGAAUCUAGGUGUACAGCUUGAGCAAGAUGAGGAUAAUAUCGAAAAACAUUCCAAAGCAAACAAUGUCUCACGUUCUUCGGAGAGCAUUUCUUUGUACAAGUCGUCGAAGGAAAGUUUAAAUUUGGAUUAUGUUUACAUUGUACCACGAGCACAAAGUGAUGACACCAAAACGUCUCAACAUAAUACUUAUGAUUCGGAGUCUGAAACAAUGUUGAACGUAGGUUGUUCAUCGGUGAAAUCCAGAACGGAUGACAUUAAAGUAAUGAGAGAUAACAUCGAUGAUGAUCGAUGUUCCCCUGUAGGUAGUAUUAAAGAGAAUAGAGAAAAGUCAAAUGGAGAAUCUAAAGUCACCAAACAUGUAGAGAACGAUACUGCCGGAUCAAAACUGGCCAAUGAUGUUGUUGAAGCUUCUGAUGAAGACAAUGACGUUGCUGAAGCUUCCGAUGAAGACAAUGAUGCACCUGAUGAUUCAAAAAAGGAUUCUUCUUUCGCCUAUGUAGUUAACGAAGAGAAUACGGAUGAUAAUUUUAUAUCAAAUGACAAGGAGACAGAUGGUACAGAUUUAUCAACCGAGCGAACUGCAUUAUAUGAAGAAGAAGAAUGCUUAACUUUUAACGAUGUUGACAUAGAGUCUGACGAAGAAGAAUGGGACUGUUGUGAGAUAGAUGAAAUUAAAAAGUUGUUAACGGGCUCGAGUGGUAACAGGUUGGAGAAGCAUCCUGUGGAUGAAUAUCAUAAUCAAGAUGUUGAAUCAACAGAGCAGCAAGAUUUUAACAAAGGAACUUGUACGCAUGAUAAACCACUUCCAGACGAAGAUUCCUUGGACUUAUCGGAUUGCAACGAUAUAAAUGACAGUGUUUUAUCAAUUUUGGAAUCCAAUAAAAAUAUUCACUCCGUUAAAAGUCGGGAUGACUUUCAUUUACUUAAAGAUUCACUUGGCAUGAAACGCGAUGAAAGUUUAGAAUUAAAUGAGAUGAUUGAUUCCGCGAAAAUGAUUGAAUCUCAUUCUUUAGGAACGGAUGUCAGAACUGAAAUACUUAAUGAACCAUUAGAAACGUGUAAAAUAACUGAAAUCACAUCCGACACUGAAUCUGAGAUUGGAAAAGUACGUAGUGAGUCUAUAAAUAGUGAAAAACGUUCAGACGAAUGCUUGACAGGUGUCAAUAUAAUUUUAGAAAGUAACCCUUCGAUAAAACCAAUUGUUUUAAAAUCGGAAUCAAGGAGCAAAGUUAGGUCGCUACUUAAUAUGGCUAAUGAUUUGAUUUUAAAAGAAAAUCGAUUAAAAAAGAAACAGUAACAUAACUAAAAUCGAUAGAAAGCUUAAAACAAGUGAUACUAAACAUUACCAAAGGAAUCUCUUAAGAUACUAAAUGUUGUUAUUUUAGUUUAUAUGUAAAGUAUUUGAGCAUACCUUUGGGAAAAAUGUGAUCUUUAUGUUAUAUCCGCAUUAAACUGUACAAUACAAGGGGAUGUAUUUUUGUUCUUACUUUUCAUAAAUAA